AUGAGCUUCACCAUCCACUGUAAAUCGAAGAACGAUGACCUCAAGACUCACGUGGUUGAGCCAGGGCAGAAGUAUGGGUUCAGAUUCAGGGUUGAUUUCUUUGGUACCACGUUGUUCUUCUGCGGGGCAAAAUGGCACGGGGGACAUGUCGUGUUCGACAUCUACAAAGCUGACAGGGACGAUAUGUACAGGUGCCCUUAUCACUGCAGAUGGGAGGCACGAGGGGAUGCUAUCGUGGGAUAUAUGGAGCACUACCCAAACCCCGACAUCGUUAUUCCUUGGAAUAAGUCAUUUACGGCCCUAACGUGA